AAAUGCAACAACUUCCGUUUGGAAGAUCGUGAAACUCGAUUUGGUUGUUUCUGAUAAUAGAGAAACAAAAAAAAAAACGAAAAGAGAAAAGACAAAUGCUGGAAGCUGCGAAGAACAACUCAAGCAUCCUCAAUGGAGGAGGAGGAGGAUUCUCUCAGCUACAAAGUUGCUUCGGCGAUUGCAGUAGCGAAGAAGAAUUAUCUGUGUUACCACGUCAUACCAAAGUCAUCGUAACCGGAAACAACCGUACCAAAUCCGUACUCGUCGGUCUUCAAGGCGUCGUUAAAAAAGCCGUCGGACUCGGUGGUUGGCAUUGGCUGGUUUUGACUAAUGGAAUUGAAGUGAAGUUGCAGAGGAAUGCGCUUAGUGUUCUUGAACAUCCUACAGGGAAUGAAGAAGACAAUGAUCUUGAAGUCGACCAUACUACACAGUGGAAUAAUCCCUCCGAUAUGACAACUGAGGACACUUUGAAGCCUCAUAAGUCGAAGCAGAGAGGACACAGAUCAUCGCGGUUAUCUCAAAAGGCUUUGUGCAGGGCAGUUUCUUGUGACUCACACUCAAAAAACUCGAGUAUUACUCCUCGCAUGAACAUGAAGGUUGAUCUUACCAAGUUGGAUAUGGCUGCAUUACUGAGAUAUUGGCGACAUUUUAACCUCGUGGAUGCUCUUCCAAAUCCAACAAAGGAGCAACUGAUUGACAUUAUUCAGAGACACUUCAUGUCUCAGCAAAUGGAUGAGCUUCAGGUUAUUGUGGGAUUCGUUCAGGCUGCAACAGGAAUGAAGAAGGCUUGCCAAGUGGAAGCCAAAAGAAGCCAGAAACACUGAUCUUUAACUGCAUCAGCUAAAUAUCCUUCAAUAGACUAACAAAAAUCUG